UGGUUUACUCCUAACAUCGGUCUAAAGAGCGCGUACCCGCAAUCGACGAGAACAGUGAGCAGAAGGCGGCAGGAAGACGACAAAAGCCCGGCGUCGGUCUGUUCUGUAAACCCUAACACAAAAAAACAACCGAGAUGUCAGAGGAAAAGCCAAAGGAAGGAGUAAAGACUGAGAACGACCACAUCAACCUCAAAGUUGCAGGACAGGAUGGGUCAGUCGUCCAGUUCAAAAUCAAACGACACACACCGCUCAGCAAACUAAUGAAGGCAUACUGCGAACGACAGGGUCUUUCAAUAAGGCAGAUCAGGUUCAGGUUUGAUGGCCAGCCAAUCAAUGAGACGGAUACACCUGCACAGCUGGAGAUGGAGGAUGAAGACACCAUAGAUGUUUUCCAGCAGCAGACUGGAGGAUGCUGCUAAACCCUGGCAUCCCCACCUACCCCACAGAAGGCCAUGUUCAGACCAUGCCCUCAACCACCUUCACCCUCUCUCCCUCCCCAUUUGCUCCUGCCAGCUUAUUGUUAUGACUAUUAUUAUUAUUUUUCUCUUUUUAAAAGACAUUCUUUGCCUGACGUGUCAGUGCUCUUCAGCUGUUUCUGUACUCUCUUAGUCAGGACUGAGCUUCAGUGUUCUCGGUCUUUGUGGAUGACCAGUCAGGACCUUCUCUUCCUUUCUGGUGCUGCAGAUUGUAAUUGGACCAACGGCUCACCACAGAAACCGUAAAAGGCUCUGCUGGUUUUUUGUUUAGGGGUCACUGUCGGUGGGGCGCGAGAAUAUUUUGAAGUGGAAGCACCAUCUGAACUCGACCUCCUCCUUUGCUUUUUUCUUUCUUUCUUUUUUUUUUUUUUUUUGAACAUAUGUAUUUUAGGUGCUUCAUUGUUUUGUACUUUUGCCUCCGGUUUUAAGAUAAUUUUUUUUCUUUCUGUAUCGAAAUAUCCAAAUGGUUGUUAAAUUAGUUGUGAGGUUAAGAACAGUACUCCAAAGAUCAUCUGCUUCUCUUUCAAUGUAUGUUUAAUUUCAAGGUUUAAACAUUUUGAGGUGUUGGGUUAGAUCAUUAGCAUUCUGCUCCCCAGCUUCUAAUGGAGAACUGUCUGUUGUACAGAUUGCCAUUUGCUCAGGGGGUAAAAUAAUUCUGUACUGCUGAAAUAGGUUUGGGUUUCGCCUUUUCUCAGUAAUAUGCGUCUUUAUUUUUGCCUAUAAAGCCGGUCAUGAUCAGUCCCUGUGAUACAAGCAGCUCUUCUUGCAGCAGGAGUUGGGAUUUCCUGAGUACUGUUCUCUUAAGUUCAGCAGCUUCCUAUUUGAGAGGAUGGACACUCAGCUAAAGCAGAAAAUUGUAAGCACAUGUCAUUUUCUCUGACGUGUUUCCUGCUGAGCUGCUGUACUAAAGACAAAAUAUGCUCUGCAACGUAACAGAGAAGGUAUCUCAGACGACCUCUUUGUUGUUCGAAGUGCAACAUGCAACAUACAUUCAUCGCUCUGUAUCUGGAGAACAGGAAAGUCAGCCAGUGUUUUUUUUUGUUCGGGGAUGAGCUCGGUUUAAAGAGUUGCUUAUUUUUGAUCCUUUUCUGGUCUGAAGCAAAAUCUUUCAUCCUAGAGCCAAAUGAGUUGGAGCUUAAAAAAAAAAUCUACAGUUGGAGCUUAAAAAAAAAAUCUACAGAAAAUCAUGCUGGUUUGGGCGUCCUGUGGAACAUUACGGUUGCUUUUGAGGUUUAAAGUUAUCAGAAAAGGCAAUAGUUUUAGUUUUGCUAUAAAUAAGCAGGUUUAGUCUCACUUUGAAUAAGAUUACUAAACAGCAAACCCCCUUUGUGUCCCUCAGCCUGUUAAAAAGCCAUUUCCCUUUUAUAUUAAACUGUUCCCAUCUUAUUCAGCUGUAUUUUUGUAUGCGUCCUUUUUAUCGGUGGACUAAAUGGCACUAUCCAUUUAUUUUAAAAUACAUAUUGGCAAUCUGUUAUUUAAACUCCUAAUUUCCAUGUUUAAGUUCACAAAUAACUCCUGAACAUCCAUCUCUCCUCAUUGAAUGGUGCGUUAGAGAAGUGGUAAGUAAUUCAUUGUGCACAGAUUAUUUACUGGCAAUGAUUGUGAAUUUAGCUUCCAUCACAGAUAUAAGAGCACAUUUUAUCUGUACCUACAAAUCGGCUUUCCAAUUUUCUUUGCAUUUUACCAACUGGGUUUAUCUGGACAGAAAUCUUUUUGGCGACUGGCUGAACUACACUGUUAUGGAUGAAGAAUGGGGUCCAGGUCUCGUCUUGUUUGUUUCUCUACUGAUUUGUACAUUAUUUGUGGUCUUUUACUACUGUAUACAAUAAAUAUAGUUUGGUACUCAGAAA